GAAUGAACCAACAGUGCAGCUGCCUGCCAGCUGGUUAUAAGAACACCUCUGCUGCCUUCAUUUCUGGUCAUUAUUCUCUCAUCUUACAACAUCCAAAGAAUCGGAAAGGCCAUAUACAGCCACGAUUUCGGCCAUCAACUACCAUAUCUCAUGUUCAUGCGGUCUCCCCCUCGAAUAAUGCAAUUUACGCAAGACUUGUUGGCACCGGCUGCUAUGGCCGCUGGAGCUGCAAUGGUUGUAGCCCCUGUUAUUGUCGCUGGCCCGGCGUUGGCUGUCGCAGGCUUUGGCGCUGGUGGCAUCGCUGCUGGCUCCGCUGCCGCUGGCGUCCAUAGCGGUAUAGGCAGUGUCGUAUCUGGUAGCGCCUUCGCCACCCUUCAGAGUGCUGGUGCUGGAGGUGUCGGCCUUGCUGUUGUCAACGGUGUUGUCCAGGCCGCGGGAGUCGUCGGCCAGGGUGAUGGAGACAACACCGGAGAUCAGGGUGAAAAUGGUGGCACCCACGAGGAAAACAAUGCAGAGGAGAUGGUUUUCAAGAAGAAGAAACCUGAGGUGACGGACGAGGGGGCAAGUCUACGUCGGACCAGUGAACUAUAUUGGUCACAAACUUUGCAGACUAAUGACCAGCAAAAGGGUAUCGCUUCCUUGUCGCCCGAGGACGACAAUAAGCCCAAUGGUGAGGGUGAGGGUGAAGUCCCGCAGAGUCGGGUCGACAACGAGCUGAAGCGAUUUCGCCAGCUCAAAGACGACUUCUUCCGGCCUGUUCCUGUAGUCAAGAAGGAGCCCAAGGCUCCCCGACAGCGUCGUACGUUCACGCGGCUCUGCCCUGAACUUCGCAACGACGGGGAUUGCGAGCAGGGUGAAUCUUGUAAACUUUUCCACUUCGUCCCCUGGGAACUUCCUGGCAAGCAGUUUACAGACUAUCCCGUGGACCUGUUUUUCGCCAACUUCAAAGAGUUUGACUAUCAACGCACCAAACCCUUUUUCGAUGAGUUCUAUCGCAUGUGUGAUCACUUCGGCUGGUCUGAUGAGGAAGCCACUGGGCCCUGGUACAACUUCCGCGUUUCACUCAUCCAAGAGUUCAACUACGUCGUUGGUGAGGAUAAGGGCAAUCUUCUGCACUGGCAGAAUAUGUUCAACCUCAUCGGCUUGCCCAAACCAACUUCUCUUCACGAAGCACGCACAACCAUGCGAGUAACUCAUGUCAACCUUGUGGACUUGGUUGAAUCACCUCGAACCCGCCAACCAGUCGAGCACUUCAAGACUGUUCAAGAUCUUAGCCAAUACAGCGUCUACGAAGACAAGAUCUUUCCCAAAGAGGAGGCGUAUAACGGUGGUCUUUUGGCGCUGUUGCUUCGUGAGAUUCUCGCCAUCUACUUCUUCUGGCCAACGCCUGAAAUCAUCAACCAGCUUCUUGGCUUGAGCCUCUUCUUCUUCUUCUUCUUCUUCUUCUUCUUCUUCUUCUUCUUCUUCUUCUUCUUCUUCUUCUUCUUCUUCUUCUUCUUCUUCUUCUUCUUCUUCUUCUUCUUCUUCUUCUUCUUCUUCUUCUUCUUCUUCGUCCUCCUCCUCCUCCUCUUUGGCGCGAGCCACCAAUCCUCUUCCCCGGUUUCUGGAAGAUUAAGAAACCCUGAGAAGCUUGUGGUUUGACAGCCCAAAAGGAGGCAUCAAAUCAACGACUGUCACCUUUACGUGGUAAUCUGGGUCAGUAGCAGAGAAUGUUGUCUCUGUGAGCCUAAGACCAGCCAUGUACAUUACAUUCGGAUACAACAUCUACGGAGGGUUUCAGUUCGAUGGUAAUUAAUUGAAAACAUGUAAGGGACAAUGUGGAGUCGAACUCGUUAGCGACCAGAGUUAUUGCUAUGUGUAAGCACACGGUCAAUGAUUUCGUUCAGUUUUAAUCAACUUUUAUUUCCGUACAAUCUAC